GUUUCAACUUACGCGUUUUAUUCAAAAGAAAUGACGGAGAGGAACCGUGAACGCGACCCACUUCUUCUUUCUACAACUAUAGAUAAAACAGAGGAGGAAGCAUUUGUAAAAUCGGCUCCAAGGAGUCGUAGACCAGGUCCAAUAAGUAAGCGAACAAUAAUAGUGGAACCUACAAUAUUUUUAUAUUUUCUCGCCUCUACUCCAACUGUAACGCUAACAGAGCAAUUUGUUUAUCAUAUGGUUGGAAAGGAGUAUCACGGUGAUGACGACGCCACACAUGAGGAGACGCAGUGUAGUGCUGCCAAUGAAUCAGCAUCAGAAGCUGAACUCAGAGCCACAAUACAAGCACAGGCCUCCCGUUGGAUGCUGUAUUUGAAUGCAUCUAUUCUUGUCCCCCAGUUCUUCAUGGUGCUCAUAUUAGGUGCUUACUCUGACAUAGGGGGUAGAAAGUGUGUUAUCUUAAUAUCAAUAGCAGGAACGUGUUUGCAUUGUAUUUCCAAUGUUAUCAUAAUGUAUUUAGACUUGGGUAUCGAGUAUUUGAUAAUAGGAUGCGUGCUUGAGGGAUUAAGUGGCGGUGGAUCUGCCCUCACGAGCGCAAGUUUUGCCUACAUUGCAGACAUUACAGUACUAGAUGAUAGAUCGUUUAGAAUGACCGCACUUAACGCAGUGCUGGGUAUAUCGGGUGCAGCUGCCCAAUUGGGUAUUGGGUACUGGAUAAACAUUGCAGGAUACCUACCCCCUUUCUGGUUUGUGUCCGGCGUUCACAUUGUCAACAUUUUCUAUGUUAUACUCUUUGUACCUGAAUUAAAUCAACAGAAAAACAAAAAUGGUAAUUUCAAUCCAUGUCGGGAUAUUAAAAAUGCCACUUCUUUGUAUUAUAAAACAGAUACGUCUGGAAGGAACUGGAAGCUUUUGGUACUCCUCAUAAGCUUCGCUUUAGUCGCAAUGCUCGCCAAUGGCAGGGAUGACGUACUUACCCUUUUUAUGCUUAACAGGCCCCUGUGCUGGAAUUCAAUUUUCAUUGGAUACUUCACCGCGACAUGGACCUUAUUGAUGAAUUUAGGAGGCAUGGUCGGAGUUAAACUUUUCGAUAGAUGUUUUACUGAUGGGGGAAUGAUAAUGAUUGCGUCCGUUCUUGGUACAGCGACGCAGGUUAUCCAAGCCUUUGCAAGAAACAUAAUUAUGAUGUUCAUUGGACCAGUACUUGGAAUGUUUGCAUCGAUGUUCCUGCCACUAAUUCGAGCUAUCAUGUCUAAGACUGUCAUGGACGAUGAACAGGGUGCAUUGUUUGCUGGAAUAGGGUGCGUAGAAACUGCAUGCGUGCUUGGUGGCAGCUCCUUCUUCAACAUGAUAUAUGCAGUCACAGUCCACUGGUUUGGUGGCUUCGUAUUUCUAGUUAUGGGAGGGAUCUCCCUGCUCAGUAUGGUAACGUUUGGGAUUUACAUGAAAAUGUCAGGUAUGCAUUUAUUAGUGUUCAAACAGAGAGAGAAAAUCCGAUCGACUCUUUCCUCGGAUGAAUCCAAAGUGUAAACAUUGUAACUCACUACACGAGAACAGCGUGUACUGAUGAACAUUCAACACGCCAACAUAGUUCAGCAUGUACGAGGUGGACAUAAUUACACAGCACUAUAAGAGAACAGCAUGUACAUGUACCAUAUGAAAAUCGAAUGCAUUGAUAUAGUGCAGCAUGUACAAGGUGAAUAUUGAAACACUUCACAAAAGCAUCAUACGCGAGGCGAAUAUCUAACACACUAAUAGAGUGCAGCAUGUACCUGGUGGACAUCCAGUACAAAAACAGCGUAGACAUUCACUCAGCACACCAAAUAAUAUGUGAUAUGCAUUUUUGCAAAUGAGAUGUGACAUUCCAUGGAGAGAAAUGUACAAAAACAACUGCAUUCUAUUUAAUAGAUAUAAGCUGCUUGCAGUAUUUAUGUAUUGUAAAUUCAAUGCUUGGAAAAAAAGAAAUUUCUUUUCGUUCUGCCCCUACCCAAUAUCUUAAUUUCUCCUUUGUUCUUUCACAAUAGUUAAACAAUUUUAAACCAUAUCUAAAUAUUUUGUAAUUGAAUAUAAAACAUGAAUAACUGAUAUACAUCUAUAUACAAGAGAUCAACUUUAUUGAGUUUAUAAUACAAGUACCCUAUCUACAACUAUACAGUUUGUACAUGUAAUACACAGGUAACACAUUUCAAAAGUAAGAUAUCACAAAAACAACAUAUCAUCCAAAACAUAUUAUAACUAAUAUGAGCAAUACAUAUAUUGUGAAUUCAGAAAAGUGCCUUAUCAAUGCAGUCUUACAUUCUAUGU